GCUUCUGCAGUUCGGCCAUGAAUGCAGCGAAGAAGUGUGCAGCGCUUUUGGCAAGCUAGCGUCAAGCUUUUGAGGACUCAGGUAGUGCAGGUCAGCUUUGUGGAGCGCGUGCACCUCUAUCAAAAAAAAAAAAAAAAAAACCCAAAAGAACCAAAACAAAAAAAAAAAAAACCAAACAUGCCAGGGGACAUUUAGCCGCUUUCCCUAACCAGUCGACACCACUCCAAGCAUCCAAGAGGAGGAGCAACGCGGAGGCUGCUGCGGGGAAACCGUGACGUUUGCCCAGGAUCCUGAAUGUCGCAGAGCCUCUGCUCGUCGGUCGCCUCGCGCUCCCCAAUGGCCGGGAGUUGAUGCCGUCCAGCGCGAUGAUGCUGCGUGAGCAGCUGAGGGAGAAGAUCUCGGCGGCCUUCUAUCGCCACGGACUGUUGUGUGCCACCUACCCGGUGCCCAUCAUCCUCUUCACCUCAGUCAGCAUCCUCACCUGCUGCUAUCCAUUACUAAGGCUCCCGCUUCCUGGGACAGGUCCUGUGGAGUUCAGCACAAGUGUGCGGGACUACAGUGUUCCUACCCACGAGCUUCUCGGAGAUGUUGGCGAACGGCCAGACUGGUACCACGGACCUCCGGUGGCAUACAUCCAGCAAGUGUUGGUGAAGGCGGCGGUGUCGCCAUGGGACAACAGCCUGGUCCCAGUGGAUGUGUUUCGCUCGCCGCUCGGGCGAGUCUUCACGCUGCUGGACGAGAUCCGCAAUCAUGUACAUGCUGACAGCAACUCAGGCGUUCGCAGUCUGGAGUCUCUAUGCCUGCAAGUGACGGACUUGCUCCCGGGUUUGCGGCGGAUGCAGUCUGUACUGCCGGAGCACAGCUGCCUGCUGGUGUCGCCCGGCAACUACUGGCAGAACCAACGCGAGCUCUUCGACGCGGACCCCAACCCCUUAAAGACCAUCCAGAAACAUGAGCCCAAAGGCCUGCACACCUCUGCCACGCUCAGAGACCUCCUGUUCGGUGUUCCAGGGAAGCUCACAGGUGUGAGUCACUACAACAGGAAGAAGGUAGUUACUUACACCAUCAGCAUGGUGCUGUCCAGCUAUGAUGCAAGGUUCCUGGGCAGCCUUCGCGCUCGUCUGAAGCAGCUCCACCCAUGCACCAACUGCAGCCUGAAAAUUGAGCGCAUGGUUCACGUGCACUUUAAGGAGGAGAUCGGUGUGGCGGAGCUCAUCCCGCUGGUCACCACCUACAUCAUCCUCUUCGCCUACAUCUACUUCUCCACACGUAAGAUCGACAUGGUGAAGUCCAAGUGGGGUCUCGCUCUGGCUGCUGUAGUCACUGUGCUGAGCUCAUUGCUCAUGUCGGUUGGUCUGUGCACGCUCUUUGGCCUCACGCCCACACUCAACGGAGGGGAAAUCUUUCCAUACCUGGUGGUGGUGAUUGGUGUCGAGAAUGUCUUGGUCCUCACUCAGUCUGUGGUGUCCACCCCCGUUGACCUGGAAGUCAAGCUCCGCAUAGCUCAGGGCCUGAGUAACGAGAGCUGGUCCAUCAUGAAGAACAUGGCCACUGAAUUGUGCAUCAUUCUCAUUGGUUACUUCACACUCGUGCCAGCCAUCCAGGAGUUCUGCCUAUUUGCUGUGGUGGGCCUGGUGUCUGACUUCUUCCUGCAGAUGUUCUUCUUCACCACCGUGCUGUCAAUAGACGUCCGCCGCAUGGAGCUGGUGGACCUGCACGGGCACAUCCGUACAGAGGAUGGCCUACCGGCACCAAAGCCCUCACCUCUACGCACACGGACGGCGCCCGCUGCCCCACGGCCCCUUCCUCACACCAUUACCCUGCAGCCCCCCAGUAGGAAUUUGCGCCCCCCGAAGAGGUUGCGGCUGGUCUACUUCCUGGCUCGUACACGCCUGGCUCAGCGCAUCAUUAUGGUCAGCACGGUGAUCUGGAUUGGUAUUUUGGUGUACACCGACCCAGCCGGCGUGCGCACUUACCUGACUGCUCAGGUGUCGGAGCAAAGUACCCUGGGAGACGACGUGGGCGAAGGCCUGACCCCUCACCUUGGGGUGGCCCCUAUUUUCCGUGGAGACCCGACCAGUACACUCACUGACCGCCUGGCACCGGACCCGACGCCCUUACCGGAAAACCAACAGCAGGGGCUCCCUGGCUCCAGGGCAGAACCCCUCCCUGAGUCCUCACCGGCUGUACCCCAGAUCACCUGGGGUGCUGAGGACGAGGAAGGAUGGAGGAGACUUUCCUUCAGACACUGGCCUUCACUCUUCAGUUACUACAACAUCACGUUAGCUAAGAGGUACAUCAGUAUUUUGCCCAUCAUCCCUGUUGCCAUUCACUUGAGUCCCCAGGAAGCCAUCGAACGGCGCCACCCUCAGGACACCCAGCACCCUCUUCCACCCAUUCCCAAGGUGGCGGCAGAUCUCCAGACAGACCUGACGCUUUACAAGGUGGCAGCGCUGGGCCUGGGGGCAGGCGUUCUGCUGGUUUUGAUGCUCCUGUGUCUCUACCGACUUCUAUGCCCGCGAAACUACGGCCAGAACGGUGGGCGCCGGCGCCGAGGGGACCGCCCCUGCGAUGGGUACGGAUACUGGCCACCUGUCAGCGAGAUCUCGCCGCUCUUGCUGCGGGGCCACAGCAUGGACAUCGAGUGUUUGGCAAGUGAUGGGAUGCUGCUGGCCAGCUCCUGCCUGGCCGGACAGAUCCGGGUUUGGGACGCACAGACGGGAGACUGCCUGACCGUCAUCCCCAAGCACGGGCUGAGGCGGAGCAGCAGCAGCGGCUGCUGGGAAAAUUUUGGCUCAGAGGGUCCCGACCUCUCGCUGAGUGGCGAUAGCCUGUCUGAGGAUGAGGGCUACCAGAUGUGGCACCGCACCACACCGAGUUGGCCGCCUCUUUUCAAAGACCAGCCGGACCUGACACCGCUCAUCGACACCAACUUCACCUCCACGCCGGCCUGUCCCCACGCCACACGGCCCACCAGGGAAGGCUUUGACUAUGGUGACCUGGUGGCAGACGCGUACAUGGCGCACGAGCCCCCAUCACCGUCGAACUUUUUCACCACUUCUUCGUCCUCGCCGCCCUCCAGCAUGCUGCCCCACAGUCGCCCCAGCUUCGGGGGCACAUGCGACUUGACAGCCCCGGACUUGGAUGAGAGCUCAGUGUGGGCCCUGGGGCUGAGAGGCAAUCUCAUAGCUGCUGGACGGAGCAAUGGAAAACUGGAGCUGUGGGACACCACCGACGGUCGUUUGCGCUGCAGCAGUGAGGCCGAGGGUGCGUCCGGGAUCACAGCGCUAGUUUUCCUCAACAACAGAAUCGUGGCAGCGCGUCUGAACGGCUCUCUUGACUUCUUCAGCGUGGACAUCAACAAACCUCUCGCUCUGCUUCAGUAUCGAGGAUUUUCUGGUGGCCAGCAGCCAUGUAUCCCACUAGAUAAGAUCCGGCCCUGCACUGAGCAGCAGCAGAAUCACAUCUUCACAUUCAGAACGAAAACAGGAGAAAUCUGGAGUACUCCGGGUCGGGGUGGUGUACCUACGUCGCCCUGCUACAGCAGCGAGGAUGCCAUCAGUUGCCAGCUGACGCGCUCGGUGCAGUGCGCCCACCAGAAGCCCAUCACGGUCCUCAAGGCUGCCGCCGGCAGGGUGGUCACCGGCAGCCACGACCGCACCGUGCGGGUUUAUCGUCUGGAGGACUCGUGCUGCCUUUUCACGCUUCAAGGCCACUCGGCAGGCAUCACCGCUGUCUACAUUGAUGAGACAAUGGUCCUGGCAAGCGGCGGCCAGGACGGCGCCAUCUGCCUGUGGGAUGUCCUGACGGGAAACCGCGUCAGCCAUGUUUUUGGCCACCGUGGCGACGUCACCUCCCUGGUGUGCACGCCCCUUUGCAUCAUCAGCUCGGGUUUGGAUGACCUCAUAUGCGUAUGGGACAGAAGCACUGGCAUCAAACUAUACUGUAUACAGCAGGAGGCCGGCUGCGGUUCCAGUCUGGGUCUGAUCUCAGACUCUCUGCUAGUAACUGGUGGUCUAGGCUGCGUGUCCUUCUGGGACCUGAACUACGGAGACCUGAUCCAGACUGUAUACCUGGGCCCGAGUAGCGACGGUCAGGGAGUGAGGCAGUUACUCGUCCUCAACAACGCCGCCAUCGUGUGCGAUUUUGGAAGCGAGCUCAGUCUGGUUUUCGUACCAUCGGUCCUGGAGAAACUGGACUGAGGUCUGUGAUCUGAUCUUUGGUUUGAAGCCCUGUAUGCUGCUAACCUGUAUAAACACACCCCUCCCACAUAGAAAGACAAAACUGUAAUUUAAAAAGGAAAAAAAACGCAAGGAAGGGUGUGUGUGUUUGGGGGGGGGGGGGUGAAUCCUGCUGCCUUGUUUGCAUCAUCUGCGAACAUGUGACCUGCUGCCAACCAUGUACAUCGAAGGUGUGGUGGUGUUAAUGUACACAUCAAUUAUUUAUUAUCGGUACCUGAGAUCUUUAUCAUGGAACCCGGGAGACAGCAUCUUAUUUUUACGUCGCUUGUAUGACCUACAGUUGAAGCCAGAAGUUUACAUACACCGUGUAAAAACACACGUUUCAGUUGUUGUCUCACUGUCUGAAGUCAAAUCAGACUAAAGCGCUCCAAUUUCUGGUCAUUCGGGAUCCACCACCAAUAUUUAAUUUUUUCAAAUCCCACAAUAAUGACAGAUAGAAUUUUACAUUAUUUUCUUUGAUAUCAAAAUUUUACAUACACAAAAGGUACUACGUCCUUAACAAACAUGGGGAAGCCCACGCAAUGAGGUCACGGCUUUGGAAGCUUCUGAUAGGUGAAUUGACAUGAAUUAAUUGACAGCACACACGCGGGUAUAUUAAAGGCCACACCUCAAACACGAUGAUUUUUUUGUUUGAAAUCAUGGGAAAAUAUAAGGAAAUGGCCCAGGAAAUCGGAGAAAGUAUUCUGAAGCUUUGCAAGUCUGUCUCAUCCUUGGGUGCAAUUUCUGGAUGCUUGAAGUUGCCACGUUUAUCUCUUCAAACAAAUACACUCAAAUAGAAAUAUGGUGAGGUUUAGUCUGAUUUGAAUUCAGACAGCGAGACAAAAACUGAAAUGUGUGUUUUUGCACGGUGUAUGUAAACGUCUGGCUUCAACUGUAUAACAUAGGCUUUAAAAUGCGUAAGCUGUGCUCGCAGUUUAAUAAAGUGUAUGCGACUCAUAAAGCGUGGAUGGUUGCGACUUCAUGAGUCGCACACCUAAGGCGCAGGUUUGGUUUACAUAUUGAACAAUCUAAGUUGCACUUGCGACCAAGAAAAAGUGGGUGGAAAUCUCAUCAAAUUGCAGUUGCACGAUGCAAAGGUUUGAGGAUGAUACUAAAAGUACAGGUACUGCUUAAUUUGUGUGCGUAAAAUACGGUUAAUGGACUGCACUUACAGAUGAAACCAGACGUUUACAUAUACUACUUAAUUUUUUCCUCGUUGUUAAACUAAACCUUUCGUGUUUUGGGUCUAUUAGGAUUACAAGUUAUUUUAAUGAACCAAAUGCUAGAAUAUGGAACAGAACUGUGGACUUGCACAAGUCUGGUCCAUCCUUGGGUGCAAUUUCCAUAUGGCCCAAAUCUGCCGGAUUGAACUGUUCAAAUCAAUCAUACACAAGUAUAAACAUUAUGGCAAUGUCCAGUGAUCAUACCACUCAGCAAAAUAGAGUGUGCAGUACUAUGUCUCAGAGAUGAACGCGUUGUCGUUCAAAAUCUGCACAUCAACCCAAGAACAAAAGCAAAAGAUCGUAAAAUGCUGGCUGGAGCUGGUUAAGAUGUCAUUUUCCUCAGUGGAACGAAUACUGUACCAACAUGGGCAGGAAUGCAACUCUCCCAGGAUGAAGCCAUUAAUUCCCAAAACAUAAGCAAAAGAUAAAUUACCGUAAUUCCCGGCCUACAGACCUCACCUGGUUACAAACCUCACCGAGUACAUUUGUAAAGGAAAUACCAUUUGGUACCAUUUUUAUACGCCGCUGCCGUGUAAAAGCCGCAAGUGGCCUCAUUGAAACACGAAAUAUUUACAAAGACGGUACACAGAAAGUUUAACGCUAAAGCUAAGCACUGCGCUAAAGCUAGUGCUAAUGCUAACAGGGCCGGUUAAAAUAAAACUUAUUGGUAAAUAUCACUGAGACACGCUAGUAACACAGCAGCAACAUGCUAGCACAGGGCUACCGCUAGCACAGCGCGAACAUGGCCAGGAAAAAUUACUUCCUCAGCACAAAUAUUCCACCGCUCUCAUUCUUUUCCGCUCGAGUGCCCCCUCGUGGCCGUUAGAAAAAAAUGCACAAAUUAGCCGCAUCACCGCAAAAACUGCAGGGUUGAAAGUGUGUGAAAAAUGCCGCGGGUUGUAGGCCGGAAAUUACGGUACAGUUUGCAAAUGUGUAGAGUGACAAAGACCUUCAUUUUUGGAGAUUUCCUGUCGUCUGACUUAACAAAAAUGUAAGUAUUUGGCUAUAAUCAUAACAUUUGAAGGAGAAAGGAAGGGGGUAGGGAACGUCUCGUUGUGGGGUCGCUUUUCUCGUGGGGGGACUGGUUCAUUGUUGGCAUUGUGAGGAAAGAAUUUUAUGUGGAAAUACUGAAGCAAAAUCUCAAAAAAAUUCAAAUACUGUGAAGCUGGUUUCAAAGUGCCCUAAGGAUAACGAAGUCCAUUUUUUUGGAGUGGCCGUCACAAAGUCCUGACUUUUUAGCUAUUGAGACUUUCCGGGUCGACCCGAAAAGGCAUGUGUGAGCGCGGCGCCCUACAAACGUUGCUAAUUGACACCAGUUCUGUCAGAAGUGGCCCCAAAUCCCUCCCACACUAUCGUGACAAACUUUCAGAAAAACAGCCAAAAUGUUUGACCCAAGGUUAUAUGCAAAGGUACCAAUUAUUAAUGAAAUGUACGUCAACGUCCGACUUUGAAGAUCCUCUCAUUAUUCGGGGAUUUCGCAAACGGAAAUAAUUUUGGUCAAUGUAAUUGAUCGCAAACAGAAAAAUAUUUCCGUAAUUUCCAGCCGAAAAGACGCGACUUUUUUUUCACACGCUUUCAAUCCUGCGGUUUAUGCGGAUAAUUUGGGCAUUUUUUUUUUCCCGACACUAGAACGGAAAAGUACGUGCCGAGGGAGUGACUUUUACCGGUCUGGGCCUGUAAGUGCUGCGCUAGCGUGUUACUGCUGUGUCUCAGUGAUUUUUAACGGUAUUUUUUUUUCAUUUAUUUUUAACUGGCCCUGUUAGCGCGCUGUAUAACGUCUUUCUUUGUAAAUAUUUCGUGUUUCAAUGUGGGCACUUGCGGCUUUUACACAGCUGUGGCAUACGUAUGUACCAAAUGGUAUUUCCUUUACAAAUCUACUGGGUGAGGUUUAUAACCAGGUGCGCUCUGUAGGCCGGAAAUUACGGUAAUCUGAUUUCAUGCUGCAUUCAGGAAAAAAAAAAAAAAAGGGUUCUUUUAGUCUGUCUGGUUGGUUGUAGCGUUAACGCUAGCGCGGCGCUAAAGCUAAUGCUAGGUAUUGGUACUUCCUUUACAAAUGUAUUCGGUGAGGCUUUUAACCAGCUGUUAGCGUUAGCACAGCACUAAAGCUAACGCGGCGCUAACGCUAACAGGGCUGGUUAAAAUAAAAGUGAAUUGUUUAGCUCUUUAGCAACAGCAUAUGGUGCUCAAAGUACUUUAGAAAGCCUCCAUUCAGCUAUUGUAAAGCGACUCACGAGAUCUGCAAGGCGAAGGUAAGCUUCUCCGGUGCCUCACGAAAUCUCGUGCGAAGGGCGCAACCGCGCCUUAUAAAUCUCGCGAUACGCUUCGUGAAUCGCACGCGUGCUUUAUUGACUGAAACUUUUGUAAGCUGCACCGUUUGUAUCGUGCAACUGCAACUUGGUAAAAGUUUACUAGCGGGCGGGUGUGUCGUGUCGUGUCGCGACGUGACGUGACGUGACGGGGUCUCCUGGGUUUACGUACUUUGUGGGAGGAUGUAGUUGAACUGGAAGCCGGACUGCGCGCGUCACGUUUACGCGACGACGUCCGGUUGAAACUUGAAGAGGUCACGUGACUCUCGCCGCCGCCGCUCGGCUUUUUGUCCUUUUAGCGCUGGGGGGGGGGCAACAAAUGGUCCGUUUUUUUCUUUUUUCUAGCCCACGCUGUAGUUGCAUUAUAAAGAGUCCCUUGAUUGAUUUUUCUUGAUUUUAUUUAAUGGUUAUUAAUUUUUACUUUUUACCUUCACUCAUUUAUAAUUUGAUUUACGUCAUUUUAAAUUUUAAAAAUAUUUAAAGAUAAUUUUAUGAAUACAAUUACAACUAUUUUAAAAAAAUUGUAAUUACAAUCUUCCUCUUUUCUUUUUGGCUUGUCACGUUUGGGGUCACCACAGCGUGUCAUCUUCGAUGAACACAUAAAUUGACUUAUUAAAUGAGAUGAACUGCAGUUAUUUAAAACCUGAGUUCGGAAUGAGCUGCCCCCCUUUAUCCUUUUGCCCACCCCUGCCUUAGUGAAGCGUCGUGCGACUUUUCGGACCAAACAAGCAAAUGUAUUGUAUUGUUAGUGUCAUGCUAUCUUAAGGCUCUCUAGGCACUUUUUGUGUUAGCACAUUUUCCUUUUAUUGUUUUUUUUUUUUUUUUUUUGAAAUUAUUUUCUCUUGUAACGUCAGUCAGACAUCGGUGAGAAAACCAGGGGUCCGAGGUGUCCGCCGCCAGAGCAAAAAAAAAAAAAAAAAAAAAAAGACUUAUUACAUCGAGGCAGGAAAACCUGCCCCCGGUCUUUCAUCUGCUGGCUGUGCGGCCUACAGUAGUGACAUAACUUAUUGACUUUUGUAACAACAACAACAACAAAAAAAAAAUCUUUGUACUAAUUUUCAAAUAAAGAUGCUUUGAUAUGA